UUCAUUGUGCUCUACGAGGCCCCAAAGAGAAGAUGGUUAAUCAAAGCAAGAAUGGGGACACUACCGACGGUGGCGAAAUAUUCAAAUCGUUCAUAGCGUGUGAUCCAAGCAAAUUUCCUAAAACAUCCUUUCCGGAAUACAUUUUCCAAUUGCUAGGAAAACAACUGCACGCUGUCGCGGAAAAACCCUGGCUGGUUGACGUCUGCACGGACAAAAAAGUGUUGUUUGGGGAAGUGGAGCAACUGGCGAGGAAAGUGGCGAGUGGGUUGGCUCGUCGCGGAUUCACAAAGGGCGACAUUCUGUACUUUGUCUGCUAUGACAUUGUCAGCAUUGGAGUUCUUCAGUUGGCUGUCUGGCUUUUGGGAGGAGUGACUCGGGGAUGUUGUCAAAUUGAACAGCCUGAGGAGUACAGGCGCCAAAUGAAUGACAUCCACUGUAAAUUUGUCGCAGUGGACGCCGACACAGUGCAAGCCAUCAGAAAGGCAAUCAGCCUAACUGAUAUGGACUGCACAAUAAUAAAUGUUGGUGAUUCCGAUAUCGAAGAAACAACCAAGUUUUCCGACUUGGCUGGAGAUGAUGGAACAGCAUUUCCCGACUCUGUCAAGAUCGAUCCAAAUGACAUCCUGCUUAUUUGCAACACAAGUGGAAGUACUGGCGCUCAAAAAGGAGUGAUUCAUUCUCACGAAACCUUUGUUAAUCUAAUUGCAAGUUUAGAACCGUUGCUUCUUGCCGAAGGACCUGACGUGAGCAAAAUGACGACGGCCUCAAAUUAUGUCAUUUCAUAUUUGUGGACAACGGCACUUCAUCUUGGAACUGGCAACACUGUCCACUGCGUCAGCAAAUACAAAAAGGAGGAGUUGAUCCCUCAACUCCUCAAGUACAAGCCGCAACAAGUGUUCUUGUAUCCAUACAUCACCAAUGGGUUUGCGCGCUCUACCGAGUUGGAUAAACACGAUUUCAGCUUUUUAAAAGCCAUUUCUCUCGGUGGGUCAAUUGUGGAUCCAACAACGGUGCACCUCCUGCAAAGAAAAUUCCCGCAUACCAGAGUCAAUGUGACUUUUGCUUCGACUGAAUGUAUGGGGAUUUCCAUGACUGUAAACAGCGCAACGAACCAAUUGUCUUUGUUCGGCACCACUCCCGAUGGGGAGGAAAUCGUGUCAUGCGGGGUACUAUUUCCACUCGUAGAGGCAAAGAUUGUCGACGUGGAGACAAAUAAAUUGCUUGGGCGCAACAAACUUGGCAGGCUUUUCAUCAGAGGAAGGAACAUAAUGAAGGGAUAUCUGGUUGAAAAAGGCAAAGAGCCAAACAGAUCGAGCAUUGAUGAGGAAGGCUGGUUUGACACAGGAGACUUGGUGUUCAUGGAUUCAAAAGGCCAGCUCUUCGUGCGAGAGCGGGUGUCCUUCAUGUUCAAAUACUACAUGCACUAUGUAAACCCUACCGAAAUUGAAGCUGUAUUGCAAAAGCACCCAGCCGUCCAAAUGGCCUGCGUGAUCGGCGUCCCGGACAAAGAAACCACGAAUCUGGCGAAAGCGCUAGUGGUUUUGAAAGACGGGGAAACCGCCUGCACUGAAGAGGAACUGCUCCAAUGGGUGGCAAAUAAGCUGACUCUUUACAAACAUCUGCACGGAGGAUUGCACUUUGUCGAUUCUCUGCCCGAGAACAAAGGAGGCAAAUUGGACAGAGCUGCGGCCAAGAAGAAAUAUUCCCAAACGUAUUGAAAAUUCGAACUCAAUAAAUAAAUAUUCUAAUUUUGUUCUUUCCUAAUCUAACUUUACGUGUGUUUUAGUUUCGUUCUUCAAAUUUCGGAUUAAACUUUCCAUUUUUCACUCUUA